AUGUGGAAAGACGAUGGGCCUGACGAGCUGAAUGCCAGCUACCUGACAUUCCAGGUUUUGGCAGAGGCGACAGGGCCGAAGGCCACCCUCUUGGAGGAGACCAAGCGGCUGGCGAACAAGUUGGCACUUGGCUUCGGAGAGGGCGAGCUUCGCGCUCGCCCCGAUGCGGCGCACGAGCUCGAGGACGGGACCUGGCUGGCCGUCGGCGCGAUGCCUCAGCGCCUCGUCAUCCGCAUGGGGCAAACGAUGACGGCGGCCAGAUUCGUGCUGAUGGAGGCGGCGAAGGCGGAAGUGGAACGUACCUGGGCGAGCGUCAUUCCUUACUUGAAGAACUUCCAGGGGUGGGCGAACGUCGGCCCCGCGGAAGACUUCGAGCUGCGCAGCGCGAAGCAUUGGGCAACCGCAGCGGCGCAUUCGCUCUCCAACGUGCCAUGGCGUUUCGCGAAUGCAGCCCAAGGGCCUGGCGCCCUGAAGGCGCGCGCCGAGUUCUUUCAGCAGGACCGCCAUGUCACGGAGCACGCCAUAUUAUGCUUUGACACUGCGCGCGUUAACAUGUCCUCUGCCACGGGUGGAACGCAACGUGGCGGGAGCAUUGAGUGCAUCCAGAAAGCAGCGAAGAACGACUGCUACAUCCACAUGAAAUGCCCCCUGCACAACCACCUGACCUACAAGCCUCCCGACGCCGACCGGAAGAAGUUCUCUAUGGCGCAAAUGAUUGCGUUCGCGGGGAACCCCGAAGGCCGUCGCAUGGCGCGCGCGAACGACAUCCUCGGCCUCCUGGGGAAGCAGGACACGCGCGUCUGCUUGUGCCAUGUCUGGGGCGGCGGAAAUUCCAAGUCCCUGCUUCCUGCCUUCCGUCGCAACGUCUUCUCGGAGACCCACAAGCACAUCCCGCCCACGUGCUUCGAGAACGGCGGCAGGGUGGCCCCAAUGGUCAACCUGCGGAACACCGCGUUCAAUUGGGCGUGCAACAAUGCCCCGCACGCGAAGGCCCCCGACACGCUCAAGCUCGAUUUCAUGACCAGGCGGUCGAGGAUUCUGAACGUGCAGGAGAAGCGCUUCGAGUGGUAG